UCUUGUUCUUAAUUCAUUCACAUCUCACUCCUAAGUCCUGUCACAUUAUUCUCACAUCCAAAAACAAAACAACCACCGACAACAACACUUCAUAACAAAAGAAUCACAACAAAGAGUCACUCUCUCACACACACACAUACUGACACUGAAAUCAAUCCAGCUACACAUUUUUUCUUAACUCCAAAACAAACUCUUACAUUUCUAUUUCCACCACAGAAUCUCACGAACAACCCUUUUGAAUCCCUUAAUCAAAAACCGAUUUUGAAAUCAAUUUCAAUGACCCAAAUAGCUUAUUAAUCAGAUCCACCUUCUUCCUCAAAAUGCGUCACUCAAAUUUCCCACCAUGGAAACGCACCAACACACGUCAAUGGCGUCUCAUCGACCUCAUUUCCAUUGCCUUUUUCUCAUUACUCUUUCUCUUCUUUGUUCUCUUUUACACCACCCUUGGUCGCAGCCGUGUGGUGGCUCCGUCCACCGUUGAUCCGCAACAGCGCAACCGUCUGGUGGUGGCAAUUGAGGAAGGGAUGCUGAAUGGGAAGAGUAUUGAGGCUUGUCCGGCAAGUGAGGUGGAUCAUAUGCCGUGUGAGGAUCCGAGGAGGAAUAGUCAGUUGAGUAGAGAAAUGAAUUACUAUAGGGAGAGACAUUGUCCUUUGCCGGAGGAGACCGCGGUUUGUUUGAUUCCGCCGCCUAAUGGGUAUCGGGUUCCGGUGAGGUGGCCUGAAAGCAUGCAUAAGAUAUGGCAUAGCAACAUGCCCCACAAUAAGAUUGCUGACAGGAAAGGUCACCAGGGGUGGAUGAAACGAGAAGGUCAACACUUUAUAUUCCCCGGUGGUGGCACGAUGUUUCCAGAUGGAGCAGAACAAUAUAUCAAAAAACUUAGUCAAUACAUUCCCAUAAAUGGAGGUGUUCUGAGGACUGCACUUGACAUGGGAUGUGGGGUUGCUAGUUUUGGAGGAUAUUUACUAGCUCAAGAUAUUUUAACCAUGUCUUUUGCUCCAAGAGAUUCACAUAAAUCACAGAUACAAUUUGCCCUGGAAAGAGGAAUACCGGCUUUUGUUGCUAUGCUUGGCACUCGAAGACUUCCAUUUCCUGCUUUUGGAUUUGACUUGGUUCAUUGUUCUCGGUGUUUGAUACCGUUUACAGCCUACAAUGCAACUUAUUUCAUUGAAGUGGAUAGAUUACUUCGCCCUGGUGGAUACCUAGUCAUCUCCGGUCCUCCUGUUCGGUGGGCUAAACAGGAAAAAGAAUGGUCAGAUCUCCAGGCUGUGGCAAAGGCCUUGUGUUAUGAACAGAUAACUGUACAUGAAAACACUGCAAUCUGGAAGAAGCCAGCAGCAGAUUCGUGUCUUCCUAAUGGAAAUGAAUUUGGUCUUGAGUUAUGUGAUGAUUCUGGGGACCUAAGUCAAGCUUGGUACUUUAAAUUGAAGAAAUGUGUAAGUAGUACGUCAUCUAUCAAAGGAGAUUAUGCUAUUGGAACAAUUCCCAAGUGGCCAGAGAGGCUAACUGCCGCACCUUCGAGGUCCCCUCUCCUGAAAACCGGUGUUGAUGUAUAUGAGGCUGACACUAAGCUGUGGGUACAGAGGGUUGCACAUUAUAAGAAUUCACUAAAUAUAAAAUUGGGGACUCCAUCAAUACGCAACGUCAUGGACAUGAAUGCAUUAUAUGGGGGUUUUGCAGCUGCCUUAAAAUUUGAUCCUGUGUGGGUGAUGAAUGUAGUUCCAGCUCAAAAGCCGCCAACUCUUGAUGCGAUCUUUGACAGAGGACUUAUUGGUGUCUAUCAUGAUUGGUGUGAACCUUUUUCAACAUACCCUCGAACUUAUGAUCUGAUCCAUGCAGUCAGCAUCGAAUCACUUAUAAAAGAUCCAGCCACUGGUAAAAACAGAUGUAAUAUUGUUGAUUUGAUGGUGGAAAUUGAUCGAAUUUUGCGGCCGGAGGGAACUGUUGUGCUAAGAGAUGCUCCCAAAGUAAUUGACAAAGUAGCCCGUAUUGCUCAUGCGGUGAGGUGGAAGCCGACCAUUUAUGAUAAAGAACCUGACUCACACGGCAGAGAAAAAAUUCUAGUUUUGACCAAGACCUUAUGGAAGCUCUAAAUCUCAUUCCACUGACAACAGUGUAAUUUAGGUACAAUUCCCUUCAUUGUUCAGUGGUGGUGUCCAAGAUAUCUUUCUUUUGCAUCAAAGAGAAGCAAUGUUCUAUAACUUGUUCAUAUAAAGAAGACAUUACGGUUAGGAUUGGCAAAAAUGGGAAAACUUGUGCAGUUAUAUGUGGAAAGCACAAGUUAGGGUUCAUUAUAUUUUCUCUAAGCUUCAUGGAUGAAUUGUAAUUCAAUUUUUUUUAUUCAACAUUACUAUUCAUUGGAAAAAAGAGUUCUGAUCCGGUUAUAUUUCA